GCUAGUGAAUUAGGACAGGAAUUCGAAAUCUCUCGCAAACUAAUGCCUUAGUACUUUGGUCCCUAGGAAGUCCUGGAUAUAGUGGGAGAUGAGAUGGAUAGCCCCACAUAUGUCAUUCGUGUCCCUGGACACCUACGCACUCACCCAGUCUUUCAUGCCUCAAAGCUUGCACCUUUCGCUGAGACAGAUCAAUUCCCUUCGAGGAGAUCGAUGCUGCCCCCAACCAUGGAUGGUCAAGUGGACAUCGACGACAUUGUGGAUCACAGGGAUAUGCCUGUUCCGAAGCCGAUGGGUCGCGGAAGACCUCCUAAACCCAAGAGAGAGUAUCGCGUCAGAUUCAGGCAUCAUACGGAUCCAAAAGAAGAUCGGUGGUUUACCAGAGAGGAACUGAUUGAGACAGCUCCUCAGGUGGUGGCAGAAUAUGAGAGACUGCUGAAAGGGAAGGCACCUGCGAACGAUACGGAGAAACCGUAUCUGCAAGCACUCCUAGAUAGUGCUAUAGAAAGGGAACAGGAAGCGGAGAAGGAGAGGAAGGAACAACUGUUGAAAAGUCAGGAGGCCAUCUUGGAAACUGUUCCCUCGCUGACCAAAGAGCAGUGUGGGGAACAACUGCAGUCCAUACUGACCGCUAUCGUCCAAGUCCGGAGGCUUGAAGAUCAUACCACUCAGAUCGCCGACGUCUUCGCAAAAUUGAAGACACUUCAGGAGGAUCUGAUUGAUAUGACCAGCAAGUACCGCGACUUGAUGGUAGAGGUUGCUGCGUUGCGACAGGCCCAAAUAACCAAUCAUCUUCCUCUACCCCCUGGUCCCGGAGCUGCGAUUGAGACUAAUCUUGCCCCUCUUAUUGUAUCUACUUCCGUUGCUUCCUUGAGUGUGAUGGUGAACCCUUCGGGACCUGCAACAGGUGCAGAUUCCGCUGUUGCCGUAACAAGCAACAAGCCAGGAAACUCUACAACUGCUACAGCCCCAAGAUCUGAACCAGCAGGUGCUGGUCCCAGCUAUGUUGGUCCCCAUGUGGACCGAAAGGCGGUGCAAAUACCGUGUAAGUACGACGACAAAGAAGACAUUGCAUCCUGGAUCAGCUCCAUGAGGGCAUACUUCGAGGUGUUGGGAACUCAACCAGAGACCCAGCCAGUGAUCAUGGGAAUGAAUGUCGAGCCGGUUGUACGGGGAUUCCUAGAAGUCCAAGCUACGCGGGCUGGGGUUCCAAAGAUCGAACUGACAAGGUGGCUUAAGGCCACCCCGGUCGCCUUCCUCGAGGAGCUCCUCAUUGCCCAGUAUAAGGAUCCACACGCUGCAGCAAGGGCAAGAAACCAGCUUGACAAAAUCAAACACAGCAAGUGGACGGGCUCCAUGAAAAGCCUGCAAACCUAUCUCAGCAAGAUGUUUGCUACACCUGGUCUUGAACUGACUGACCAAUCUUGUUUGGAUGUGGUCAAGGGCGCAGUCCCCACCAGUUUUACUAAUCGCCUAAGCAGAGACUUCAUUGGGUAUACUGACUGGUUCACUCUAAUGAAGGACAUAGUCAGUCUCGAGGCGGCAGACCUCGUCACCACAUCAGGCAGCAAAAAGCCCAUGGGCGGCAGGCGGUUCAAAGGCAGCAGCCGUUUUGCUGUGCAUGACCUGCUGGAGGCUGAAGAGGAGGCCGAAGCAGAUGACCCCACUCUUGGUGACGACCAAGAACAAGACGCUGAUACAGCCUGUUCAGAAAAGCCCAUGGGGCUACUCGCACCCCUUCCCAUUCCCGAUGGUCCCGGGGAGUCCGUCUCCAUCGACUUCACCGACAUGGGAAAGGUAAGUAAGAACGGCUACUCACAAGUCAUGGUGAUUGUUGACCGAUUCUCUAAGUUUCUCAAUCUGAUCCCUUUGUCGCCACACGCCCCAACAGAAUUAGUGAUUCAUGAGUUCCAACAGAAGUACAUUCUGCAGUUCGGGACCCCGAAGACUCUCGUAAGCGAUCGGGACCCCCGCUUCAUUAGUACUGAAUGGAAGGACUUCACGUCUCAUAUGGGGAUCAGGCUGUGUAUGACAUCUGACCGACACCCUGAAGCCAACAGUUUGGCUGAAGAAAUCAACCAGAUUGUGUUCCAACUUCUCCGCCCUUUGAUUAUCCCGGAUAAGGAAACACGGGAUGAAGAGUUGUAUUCCAUUAGGGGGUUGUACAACAACUCCAUCCAUUCUGCCACCGGCAUGACACCUAACAGGCUGCAUCUCGGCUGGCAGAUCCGUAAUCCACUCUCCUACCUAUUCCCUGAGCAGCCAGUUGGCUUAACACCCGGCAGGCCUGGCUUCAAGGCCAAGUAUGAUCGCUUGCUCAAGGUUGCCAUUGCAGCCAUGACCAAGCGACAACACGCCAUGAUCCAUCACGCGAACAAGAGGCGCCGACCGUCGGACAUUCAGGUAGGAAGCUAUGUCUGGGUCAAGAUAUCUGAAUUCUCAGAAGAAGAAGGGGUCUCUCGCAAACUUCUCCCACUCUAUUACGGACCGUGGGAAGUUUUGGAUGUGAUUGGCGAAGACCACUUUGGCCCUUCGUACGUAGUUGAUGUGCCAGCCCAUCUGCGCACACACCCCGUGUUCCAUGCAUCGAAAUUGUACCUCCACCAUGAUGAUAAGACGUUCGACUAUCACGAAGACAUGAUCCCUCGUGCGAUCAAGGGCGGGCAUGAGAUAGACAGAAUCAAACAGCACGUAGGGAAGGGACACAACAGACAGUACCAGGUUCACUUCAUGUAUCACCCAUUAGACGAUUUGUACUGGAUUUCCAAACAGGAACUGUUACGCAGCGCACCGUGCAUUGUCAAAGCCUGCGAGCGACAAAUCGCCACUAACGUUGUACCUAAGAUCUCUGCAAGACUCACUGCAACAGAGUACUCUAGGAACCUCUUUGCCUUGCUUGCUUAUGAUGCGUUUGUCGAGGACUCAGAAUAAGUUACUCGCUCGAAGGGACCCCGCUCUUGAGGGGGAAGUAGUGUGAUGACCCGUCCAAACAUGGACUGAAACACACAGCUGAUUUCUGAGUUUUGCCCAUAGACUGAAUACCCUGCUGAGUUUCCCGCUUGCUACUAAGUCUGUGUGUGCACGCUUGCUGGACUUCAUGUCUGUCUGAGUGCUGGUUGGCUUGAGUGUGUGUGUGGCCAUUGUCGGCGCGAAUACCCUUACAAGGGUAUCCGCCCUGGUUUUUGCAAGUGACAGAAAACGAGUUUGACCCGGAAUUGUUGAGAAGGCCGCGCGACUUGCGGCAGUGUGAUGACUAUAGGUUGGCUAUGAGGUCU